AUAUUACUCAUUGCAUUAAGCUGAAUGUUAAGAGGACCACGUAUACGGCCACGUACGUACUUGUCCUUAUCGUAAGCUUUCGUCGACACGAGUAUAUACCGUGCAACCCCUUAUUCUCGUACGAUUCUUUCCUCAGGAUAAUCAUCGUUAUAACUUGAGUUUCAGAGUGCUAUCAUUUUCUACCAUGUCACUGGAUGAAAAAUUUAAUCAUGCGGCCAUAGCGGUAAAAGAAUUGGCUGCACAGCCAGAAGACGAGCAUCUGCUUGAACUCUAUGCAUUGUACAAACAAUCCACUGUCGGUGAUUGCAACACAGAGAGGCCUGGUAUGCUGGAUUUUAAAGGAAAAGCAAAGUGGGAUGCUUGGAGCGAUAAAAAAGGUCUGGGACAAGAAACAGCGAAAGAGCAAUAUAUUGCUAAAGUGGAAUCAUUAAUAGCUUCAAUUGGAAAGAAGUAGUCGAUUCGUUAUCACGCAUAUAUGUGCGCAUAAAUAUUUGCAUGUAAUCUCACUGAAAUGUUUGUGAAACUUUUCAUUUUUAAUGGAAAGUGCAAAAAGUUUUAUGUACGCACAUGUGAAUGAUUGCAUACAGAUGCAAUAUGAAUUAUAUCAAUUUUCUAUUGUUAGCAACUACACGCACUUAUAUAGAGUGCAUAUUUUUGUUUUGUUCAUUUAUAAAUUUUGUAUUCACUUUAUUACAGUCAGCAUAAAAUUACUUCUCGCAUA